GCAAAGAAAGUCGUCUCUAAACAGGAAACCACCGAACGGUUAGUGCUAACGAACUUUACAAUAUUAAAACCGAUGUGCUAUCUCAACUCAUCCAUCAAUUAUAUAGCAUGAGAAAAUGGCGAGCAGAAAACAGAGAUAAAAACAAGAGAAACGACCUUCGAUGUCGAGUAUAUCGCCUUGCCCGGCAACGAUUUGGCGAAGGUGACUGUCUAGCAAAGCAAGCUUUCAUACGCGACGAAAUCGCCAAACGAUUAGGCAGAAGAAUGAUCUUCUUGAAUGAACAAGCUCCACCAGAAUCACCGGUUCCUUCAUUGAUGCCACGAAGAUCCUCCUCGACAUCAGAAAGCAGCUUUUCAUCAGAAGAUAGCUUUUCAGAUGAUUAUAAACAUCCUUAUGAGCCUCAUAGUGCGUUUUCACCAACUGGCUGCUUACAAAAGCCAAGUAUGGUGGCCCUUCCACCUAUCAGCCAUUGCCUAAUGCAGCCUGACGAUAAAUUCUCUAUGGGCUUAUCGUUGCCUAAACCUACAUUCUCAGCAUGUCCGACUCCUCUUCUCUCGCCAAAAUCAAUUUCCAACGGACAGAUACCGUCUUUCAACGACAAGGAGCGAUCUACAAACUGGAAAUUUGACUGCAAUCCUAUGCCGCCUUCACCACAUCCAUACUCCUCGCGACAUUUCCGUGGCCCUGCCUCUGAAGUAGGCAGAAACCAAGACAAAAGCUCAAUAAACAAAGUCGACGAUAAAUUCAAUAUACUGGAAGACUUUGUCAGCACUGUGCUAGACUAUGCCGGUGUGGGCGGCGACAAAUCCUUGUAAAGUUAUAUAGAUGAAUCGUUUGUUCUAGGUUAUUUGUUUUAUUUUGUUUAUGACUUCUCCUACAUACCGAUAUUUAGUCAAUAGAUACAAGCUCAAUUUCGAAAAUCAAAUUAGCAUUUGGAGGGAUGACACCCUCCACACCUUUCUUUCCAUAUGCCCAUGGAGCUUCAACAAAGAUUUUACACUUCUCGCC